CUCUUGCGCCGCAAUUCCAGGGACCACGUGACACGAAUAUGGCGCUACGGUGUUUGGAGCGCGUCUUGGCCCGGUUGCUGAGAAUCGCCGUGGCGGUUCUGACUGCUGUCCAUGAGUCACUCACAUCCCGAAGAAGCGGGACGUCGGUCAGAUUGCCGCCGAUCACGAACCCGCUGCUAUUGCUGUCUGGGGUGCAGCUGGCGCGGAAGAUCCGCCGCCGGGAGGUGACUAGUGUGGAGGUGGUGCAGGCCUACAUUGACAGGAUCCAGGAGGUCAACCCCAUCAUCAAUGCAGUUGUCAAGCAUAGGUUCUCAGAAGCUCUUCAGGAGGCUGCCCAGGUAGAUAAAUUGCUGGAUGAUGAGAAAGCUGAGGAGCAGGAGCUAGAGGCUCGCCUUCCCUUCUUGGGCGUUCCUUUCACUGCCAAAGAGGCUUUUGCUCUCAGAGGUAUGCCCAACUCCACGGGACUGGUCUCCCGCAGGGAUGUAGUUUCCGAGCGUGACGCCUGCUCCGUGGCCCUGUUAAAGAGGGCUGGGGCCAUUCCUCUGGCUGUGACCAACUGCAGUGAGCUCUGCUUGUGGUUAGAGUCCCACAAUCGACUGUAUGGUGUUACCAGCAACCCCUAUGACACUAGCAGGAUCCCUGGAGGAAGUUCUGGUGGAGAGGGCAGCAUUCUGGCCAGUGGGGGCUCCAUCAUUGGCAUAGGCUCUGACGUUGGUGGCAGCAUCCGCCUUCCUGCCUUCUUUAAUGGCAUUUUUGGCCACAAGCCUACUUCAGGAGUGGUGUCGAAUGAGGGACAGCAUCCCCCUUGCUCUGGCCUGCAGGAGGACUUCCUCGCUACGGGGCCCAUGUGUCGUUACGCUAUGGAUCUGUUGCCUGUGCUACGCAUCAUGGCUGGAGCCAACGCUGACAAGCUGUCUUGUCCCAUCUCCAGGCUGUCAUUGACAUCAGAGGUGGACCUCAAGAAACUACGCUACUUCUCUGUCCCUCACAGUGGAGGUUCCCCUAUGGUGUCACCAGUCGACAAGCAGCUUAUUCAAGCCCAGAGAAAGGUGGCAGAGACUCUGGAAACUGAUCUGGGGGUUAGAGUUCAAGAGCUGCAUAUUCCUCAGUUCAAAUGCUCAACCCAGAUUUGGGGGGCCUUCAUGGCUUCUCCGGGCAGAGAUGGAAAGCCAGCCAGAAGCUUUGCAGAGCUGAUGGGGACUGAGCAGCAGAAGGUGUGGCCUUUGUGGGAGAUGGCCAAGUGGGUGGUGCGGCAAUCAUCUCACACCUUCCCGGCCAUUGGGCUGGCCAUAGUGGAGAUGGCUCAGAGUUCACCCCCUUCGCAGUUCAUUGUGCAGCAGAAGGAGCAGCUUCAGAACCAGCUGGAAAAUCUGCUGGGAACAGAUGGGAUCCUGCUGUAUCCCUCUUACCCCCACGUCGCCCCCAAGAAAAACCUGCCCCUUCUAACUCCUUUCAAUUUUUCCUAUGCCGGGAUCUUCAACAUCCUGGGCCUGCCAGUGACACAGUGUCCUCUGGGCCUGAACCAGGAAGGUUUGCCUUUAGGCGUGCAGGUUGUUGCUGGAAGGUUUCAGGAUCACCUGACCUUGGCUGUGGCACGGCACCUGGAGGAGGCCUUCGGGGGCUGGAAGGAACCAGGGGCUCCUUCCGCCCUUUUACUGGGCAGAACGUAAUCUCACACUUACCUUCGACUCCAUACAAAUGCACACUAACUCUUUGCUGUGUCACAAGGCUGCAGCUUCUAAAUCCAGCAUCAGAUAUGUGUACGAUAUAGGAACCUGCAGACACACAUUUCAUUGUGGUCUGUAUGUGUAAUCUGACUGUAAAUGUCAUGGACAUGCAUAGACACAUUCUUGCUAUACCCAUCCACCAACAGGAGGUGAGUAAAGGUGAGCGUGACCUGUUCUUAUAACCACGCUCGCUUUUCUCAUGCUGUUCACACUGCUAAGACAUUUAUAAAUGGUCAGUUAGCCUUAAGUGCUGUAAAACAAUAGCCAUGAACUAGGUUCUUUGUUUUAUCAUGGAAACCUAAAUAAAAAGUUGUCGACUGAUUGUCAAA